AGCUGGUUCUCAUUUGUUAAAGAAGAACCAGAUUAUCAAAAUGGAAUACCGAGGAAUGGGUCGAUUCCCUGGGCAGGCUUCUAGAUUUAGAUACAGUCGUCCUGGGCUCCCCAUCGCGCGGCCAACUAGAGCUUUAUUGUCCACACCAAUGCGAGCUAGGUUUGAGCCUCCCAGGGAAGUUCGACCCCGGGCUUUCACGCCAACGCCCAGGGGCACCAUACAGAUGCCAUUCCGUGGGUUUAAAGCGACCCCCAUGAUUCCCGUCCGUCAGCAUGGCCAGGUGUCAGAUCACAAGACAGAAACAAAAAAUGAUACAGGGAAAGAUUAUGUAUCGCCAAAUUACAGAGGACCAGAAAAAGCUGGUUCUGUUACCUCAAAACAAAAUGAUAAGGACAAAAAGGAAUCAGAAACAGCAAACACAGACAGCAGUUUAAAACAAGAAUCAGCAAAUGGAGGCACUUUGAAGUCAACAGAAACAGAGUUACCACCUAAAAACCAGGAAGCAGAGAAGCCCUGUCUGGUUCAAGCAUCAGAUCAAUCUUCAUUUUAUGAAGAAACAAGUCAAGAUUCCAGUUAUGAUGAAACUGCCAAUCAGGAUCCAUAUUUUGAAGCCUCAAACAAUGAAGAUUCAAAUACUGAUCAAACCUCCAAUCAGAAUUCAUAUUUUGAUGAGGCAGCCAAUGAGAACUCAUACUUUGAAGAGUCGUCCAAUCAAGAAUCAUAUUCAGAGGAAGCAUCUUAUCAGGACUCAUUUCCAGAGCAGGGGUCAAACUUUGACACUUACCAGGGUGACAAGGGGGGGUCGAACACAGGUCAGGGGGGUAAGGAUGCUGGGGGAGAGGGACAGGAGAAAGAGGAGGAGGGGGAGGAGGAAUCAGAUGAAGAAGACACAGGCUAUUGUCAGUACUGUAACAUGCCAUUUGACAAUGAUGAUGCAUACUGGAAGCACACAAGGGGCUUGUUACACACUCAGAAGGUGAUGGAGGCAGAAAAUGCUAAAAAGAAGGGUCAGGAACCAGACAAGGAACCAGAAAAGAAAGAUAUUAUAACUCCACCUUCUUUUGGGUCCACCAUGAUGGAAAACAAAGCUUCAGAGAGAGAUCUGAAAUAUCUCAGACUAGCAGGAUUAAGUCCUCAUAUGGGAUGGGGGAGAGGAUCUAACAGGGGUGGAUAUCAACCACCAGCGAAAGAUGCCAGCAGAGGUCGGACAGAGUCGGGGUACAACCAAGGUCAAGGACAGUCUGGGUACAACCAAGAUCAAGGACAGUAUGACAGAGGGACUCGAGGAUGGGGGAGGGGUCAAGGUUACAAAAGUCAGGGUAAGAGUUAUAGUGAUGGUACAUAUAUGUCAGGGUUUGGUCAAAGAAUCAACCAGGAAGAGGAAGCAGAGGGGUAUUAUGGGUAUGAAGAGGGCAAACAGUAUCAGGGAUAUGAAGACCAGGGUGAAAACUACAAAGGGGCUGGUGAUUACAACGAUGGAAACUUCAACAGUGAAAAGGAGGGGAAUGGGGAGGAGGAGUACAACUUUUACUCCAGUAACUGGAUGGACAUGGACAAGCCCCCCGAGAAGAUCCCCCUGGGGGAGAGAGACUACUACCCCGACGCGCUGGGAAAACAGCAGUUCCCUCCCGACUUCUACUGCAAGGCCUGCGAUGUCAAGUGCACUAGUCAGAAGAACUUUGAGAUGCAUGUGGAAGGAACCAAACAUAAAAUGAAAACUUUACUUGGAAAGGGAGAUACAUUCAAUGCAAAAGAGGAAGAGAAAAAGAAAAUGGUUGUAGAGUGUACCAGCCAUAAUUCAAAGGUGGACCACCUAAUAAACAAAUCAGACCAAGCCAUUGUUGGUUUAAAGUAUGUGACUGAGUUCCGGAAACCCGACCCAACGGUCCGACCCACCUAUGUUUGUAACCUUUGCGAGUCCAAGUGUGACAUGAAUACUGUACUUUCACACGUCACUGGCUUCAGACACAGAUCGAACUAUUUUAAAGAAUGCCAUCCUGAUAUAUACAACCAUAUGACAUCUAACACUGCCAAGAAAAAGUCCGAACAGAAUGCAUCCGCAGAAGAGUUCGCUGCCGAUUGUAUGCAACGUGACGGUCGAGGAAAAAUCAGGGUCAAGAUGGAGAUUGAUUCAGCCACUGAAGCUGUUGCCGCAAAUUUACUGAGUAAAUCUGGCAUUAAAAUGGAGACCUUCAUAUCAGAUCUGAAAACCAAACCUGAGCAACCAUCACCUGUUCCAGAAAAGAAAGCCAGAAUCAACCCUGUUCUCCUGGGACAAGACCAGCCUGAGCGAAGUUUCAAUAAGAGGGCUUCAGAUAGCCAGUAUAACUACACAUCAAAAUACCCCAGGGGGCCGGGCAACAGAGAUGUGUAUGGAGAACCAGGGGGCCCCAAACAGGUUUACGAUUACAACCACAAGGGGUCACAAAGCAUAGCGGGCUACUCGGGAUCUGAUGAUCAGUUUAAUCCCUACCAAGGACCCCCCACGGGGCAUCAGACAGCCUACCCCCCAGAACAAGGUGCCCCCCAGCAGCCCCGCCCCCAGGGGGAUACAGACGAUGAGGACAAGGAACUGUUUCAGGAAUUCCUGGAGUGGAAGAGGCAGCAGAAAAAGUACGGGGCUCUAAGGCUGAAGUUGAAAGCCAAUCAAGGCUCACUACAAGGAGAGGAUUCAUCUUCAGUUCAACAAACAACUGAUAAGAAACAACCUGAUCAAGCACCAGAUGCCCCAGGAAGCUCUGCAGCAGACAUGAUGUUUGCUCUAUCACAGACUAUGAUUAAGACAGAGGAGGAUGCAGCUAUGGCUCUACAGGUGUCUAACGCUCUGACGCAGGCCUUACUACAGUACAGGCUAAAACAUUUACCUGUCCAUUUAUAGUUAGCCUCAGGUCUGACUAGUGGUGCGGGACAAACAAAUCCUGUCCAAACAACCAGUGCAGAAUCCAAGAAACCUCACAUUUCUUCAAAAUCGAAAUCAGCUUCAUCCAGAUCCUCAAGCAGGACAUCUCAGAAAGCUCAAACCCCUGUGGUAUCAUCAUCAUCUGCAAUCUACCCCCAAGGGGCUUCAUCUUCAGCAUCCUACCCCCACGGGGCCUCUUUAUCAAUCCCAGGGGCAGGUGGAAUGACUUCAAAUGUGGCCUACACAAGCAGUGCAACUACAGGCGUUCCACCCAUCGCGGAUCCGCUCCUGCAGCACAUGAAUCCCAUGAAUCCCAAUUAUACAGCUAAUCCCACUGCCACAACUCAAUAUCCGGGAACAAUUUCUACAACACAGUUUCCGGGAACAGUUUCUGCAGCACAACAUCCAGGAACAGUUUCCACGACCCAGUAUCAGGGAUAUCCUUAUUAUGGAGGGCAGUACCCAUCUACAGUUCCAGAGGGGUACCAAUGGGGGUAUAAUACCACCACUACCCCCGAGGAGGUACCCCCUCCCCCUCCUCCCAGAGAAGAUCUACCAAAGCCACCACCAGAAAAUCAGACCUACUAGAUAUUUUUU